AUGGUAUUGAAUCUUUCCACCACCCCUUCAAGUUGUUCGUCUUCUGUUGUGGCAGCAGACGGAAAUCGUCGGUCGUGUUCACGUUCUUCAAAUGCUAAAUUUGUAACACCAGUUAUGCCGUUAGAUACAGAGUUUUCCAUCCAAAACUGCUGCUGGUUUCAACCUGUGCCUUACGGGCUCGGCACCUAUUCUUUGGAACCGGAGGCUGAUUCCGACUUUGAAGAUGAUGAUUUCUCUGAAGGGUCAUCAGUGUCUUCUGAUGGUGCUUCAUCAUUUGAUUCUCAUUCUGUGUGUUCUUUUCCAAAUGAAUUGGAUACUCUAAACGAACGUCGACGAGAGAUGCUUCGUCUUUCUAUCUCUAAAAUUCAGACGAUGAAUGCAUCCAACGUGUUUGUCUCGCUGCGCAAGUCACUUCUCAUCUUCAAUACGAUGAAGUCUUUGCAGCGGGAUCUGGAUGAAUGCGGGGAGGAUGUUUAUAGUAGUCUGAUGGAGAGAAGUGAAGACGCACCGUGCGACGACAGCAUAUUUGAAGACGGGGAUAGUGAUGCGGGUUCGUGGGAUUUUGAGAGAGACAUUCCUGAUUAUCGUGAACAGUUGUUGGAAAGUCGUUAUACUUACUGCGGUAGUUCUGCUUCUGGACGGUAUCAAAAUAGUCACCAGGAUCUCGGUUUCUUUAGCAAUGGGUUACCUUCUAUAGAACGGGAUGCCACAUUUACCGGUGGUUCGUUUUGGCAAAGUAAUAACUCCAGUUUAAUUGAUGAUUACUUAGGAUCUCUGGACGUCUGGGAGAAUGCAGAUUACAAUCCAUUGAAUAAUUGCAAUCUUUCAGAAAGCGAAAUCAUGCAUAUGUUUGGUCCUUGUUUGGAUCGUGCAAGUACUCAGAUUCUUACGUUAGCCUGA